AUAAAGAAACCUGCAACCAACGCGUAUUUAGCAGAUAAUAGCGCACCAAACUCCGAUAACUCAUAAACAGUUGCUUGCACGAUCUCUCAACUCCUCAACCAAAAUAUAUAAUCAAUGACUGAAGCAAACCUGAUUCCAUAGAUUUCAGUUACCUUUUUCCUUCGCUUUCUGGUAAAGGACAGUUGAAGUUUUGGCACAGCAAAGGUAACAGAUACCUUGCUUUUACUUCUUUCUAUUAAAGCUCUCUCCUUUCACACGAAAGCAAGGUGGGUUCUUGUUUCCAAAUGGGUUAGCUUCAAAAUGGGAUUUUGGUGAUGGGUUUUUGUGUACUGAUUGUUUUUGGAUUGUGUAUUCCAUCCAUCGUUUCUGUCCAUUUUGUACCUAAUUGAUGGCAAAGCAGAGCAUUGCUCUAUCAGUGACCCCCAAUUCAACAGAGUCAGAUGUAAGUAAUUCAAGAAGACACUCCAUAGGAAAUGCUGGUUCUUCCAGAAGUGGAGAUAAUGUUCUUCCUCAUUAUCUCCGAGCUUCUACAGGUUCCUGUCAUGAUUUCUGUAAAUAUGGGAAGAAACAUGCAUUUGAGGAGAAAGCAAGGCCUCCAUUUCUAAGGAGGAAUGCAAAGAAACCACCUGAUGAACAAAAGUCAGUAGAGUUUCAGCCAGAGAGAAAUAUGACAUCAAAGGAUAAGCACAAAAUUGGUCACAGUACUCCACCAAAUACUCCAGAGAUCAUGAAGGGGGAAAUAUCAAAAAAAUUACUCAGCAGACGAACUCCUGCAAUUAGUGAAGUUGUGUCUGAGAAGAAGGCAUCAUCAGGGGUAUUGUUGACAAAGUCAGCUGACAGGCAAAGUCCUGUGUUGAGGGAAGUUCUGGCCAAGAAGAAGACAGUGGCAAAGGACAUGUUAACAAGAUCAGUUGACAGCCAAAGUUCAGUAUCAAGUGAAAAUUGGGCUGAGAAGAGGAAGAAAUCAACCCAGCAGAGGAAGAAGACAUCAGUGGUCGAGCUCAGAGCUUCAUCUGAAUCUAAAACUCGUUUAUCCCCAAAAAUAAUAAAGCAGGAAAUAUCAUCAUCUUCUGAAAAACCGGACAUCUCUUUGAAACAUUUUUCAUCAAAAGUUAAAGAAGAAAACAUGUCUGCUAAACCGGUUAGUUUUCCAAAGCUGAAAGUAUCUUCUCCUGAUUCUUCAAGGGUAUUCAAUGUCAGAGAAAACAGAGACAGUAAAAGAGGGCAGAGGAUAGUGACAUCAAAAAUAGCUAUAAAGAGAGAACAGACACACCCCAGAGCUUUGUUGUCCUCUAAAACUUCCAGUGGUGGAAAUGCAAGAGGACUGGCAUCCGCAAGAGCCUCCUUGUCUCUCAAGUCUUCUCCCAGAUUACAAAUUUCUCCGCGAGUUUUGUUGUCCCCUAAAACUUCCGGUGUUGGAAUUGUGAAAGAACUGGCAUCCUCAAGAGGGUCUUUGUCCCUCAAGCCUUCUCUCAGUAGGGUUGCAAGCCUAAAAGCAAGAAAGCAUAGAGGUUCAGAAAUCACACCUCCUCUGAAGAAUAAGAACAAGAUUGGCAAGGCCAAUCAUGAGCAUGCCAAUGUUAAGAAUGCUGAUUUCGACCAAUCCACUGAAGGACUUAACAAUGAUAAUGAUGUGGUCCAAGAGAAAACAUUGUACGUCAUCCAGACAGAAACUGAAAACAAAAAUUUGGAGUCUGAUCAUAAUAAAAAUCAUUCUGCUGAAUCAUCUCCACCUCCAGUUCAAUCAGCCAAUUCUCCUAUCCUCCCAGAAUCUCCAACGUUUCCAUCUCAUAAUGCAGAAGAUGAAGAGGAAUCUGAGUAUACUGUAACUGAAGCAGAAGAUGACCCUCUCUCUGAAUUUGAUGAAACCGAGUAUAUGGAAGAGGCUGAUACUUUGCAACGGGAACACAAAGGAUUUUACAAGAAGGGUAGGAUGGUUCCUUCUCAGGAUAAGGAUGACCAACCUGUGAAAUUACGGUUCAGGAGAGGAAAGGUGAUUGAAGUUCAGACUAAUCAUAAUGGUCCUAGGAGGCUCAAAUUCAGACGAGGAAGAAUGUUGGAGGAGAACCGAAAUCUCAAAGCUGAUGCCCAAAGAAGCUUCAAGAGGAGAGGAGCUGAAGAUGCAAACAGUGAGAAGCCUAAUUCAGAAAAGGUGGUUUUGAAACAUCAAGAUCUGCAUGGAAAGAAAGACGCGCAGGGCCUGUUUAAUAAUGUGAUUGAAGAAACAGCUAGUAAGCUUGUUGAGACCAGGAAAAGUAAGGUUAAGGCCUUGGUUGGUGCUUUUGAAACAGUAAUAUCCCUUCAAGACAGCAAACCACCUUCAAACGCUGUCUCUUGAGUUGGAAAGCAAAAAAUAAAAGAAAAAUAAAAUUUAUGAAAGUCAAAAAAAUAAGACAGGAAAAAGAAAAUGAUUUGAAUUGAAUGUUCUUUCAUUAACAGUCGAUUGGUUUUUGCGAAGGAUUGGCUGGAAAAUAAUCCUGAGCUUGUAAGGAGAGAAGUGCAAGUUUACAAGCUUAUGGAGCAUUUGAAAGGUAAACUGCUUCUGUUUACAUUAGACAACCUGGAUGUAAAGUUUGACAAGAAGUCCUGUGAGUAUUGAUCUUGACAUGGUUCCCAUAUGUUUUUGUUGAGGGUAUGCAUCUUCUCCCUUCUAAACUAUAGUUAAUGUGAUUGUUUUCUAUCUGUGAAUAAGACAAAGAUGUAGUUUGAUCAGGAAAAGAGAGCUGCACAACCAUUUUUAUCC